GGCCAAAACGGAGAGCCGGAGGGGUACGUAUGACGGAGGGCCAUCUUGACUGAAGCCUACCUUUUACCCAAGGGAUCAAACAGCAAUGUUAGUAUCCCCAAAGGUAGCAUGUACAGUGCCAUAACAGGCAUGGAUAUGUGCAUCAGCCAUCAAGUGUCCGUGAGGCAAUCCUUUGCUCGGAAUCCUCCCAUCCGAGGAUUGGACCCCACCUCAGCAUCGUCGCUGACUCCACAUCCCUCGCAUCGCCAGGAUGACAGCCUUGGCAGCUCACCAACACACCGGAUCAAGGAUUAUCCAGCGAAUACCCCGCCCAACAGUCUGACUACAGAAAGAAAUAAAAGGGUGUCCCUGUCACAGUCAGGGUGAUGAGCAAGAAGGUUAGAAUACACCAUUGCUAUACACCAUGGCUUGCAACGUGAGCGGAACCGCAUUCAUCACUGGCGCCGGAGCAGGCAUCGGGCGCACGACCGCCUUCACGCUGGCCAAGAACGGCAUCGAGAACCUGUCGCUCUUCGAUCUCGACCCCGCCCUCCUCCAAUCCACCAAGGACGAACUCCAGACCGCGCAUCCCAAGGUCGCCGUCGAGACCACCGCCGGGGAUGUCUCCAAGGAAGAAGCCGUCGACGAGGCCGUCCGUCGCACCGUUGAGCGGUUCGGACGCAUCGACAUUUCCGUCCACUGCGCCGGCAUCUCGGGCAGUAUGGGCAUCCCCACACAUAAGCUCUCCGUCCAGGAAUGGCAGAGAGUCAUUGAUAUCAACCAGACUGGCGUGCUGCUCUGCGAGAAAGCCGUCAUCCGACAGAUGCUGACACAGGAAUCGCGCGGCCAGCGACUCGGUCGGGGAACGAUCGUGAAUGUCGCUUCGAUGUUUGGACUCACGGCCCCGCUUGGAGCAUCAGGACUGAUGGCAUACACGGCUGCGAAGCACGCGGUGGUGGCCAUCUCGAAAUUGGACGCCAAAGCAUACAUUCAGAAGGAAAUCCGCAUCAACGCCAUUUGCCCUGGAUAUACGGACACCGGCAUGACCCGCAACUGGUACGAGAAAGGCUAUCUGGACAUCGAAUUGCAGCUGCGCGCCGUCAUCGGUCGCCAGGCCCAACCCGAGGAAAUUGGCGAUGCCAUCCUCUUCCUGGCCUCCCCCAUGAGCAGUUACAUGGUCGGCUCGGCCCUGGUGGUGGACGGCGGCUAUACGGCUUGAGCAAAUUUAUGUAUAUCAAUGAUCUUCGCACGACAUACCCAGAUGGAAGCGAAACUAUUCUAUUAAUUCUACUGAAUCAGCAUGGCAUCAUGAGGAUGUGCAACAAUCAUAGUUGGCUCUGGACUUUGAAAGACGUCGAGUUCUCCGCGGCCGGCUCAUAGUCCACAUAGUGGAACGCAUUAUCCUCAAACGGCCCAUAGAACCGGGUGCGAUCGUACGGGGCCA